AUGGCUGACCAUCUUACCAUAUAUAACGCACAUAAUGGCGAAUCCAUAGUGCUUGCCAAACCGGUGCGUUAUCAUACCCUCCAGAGCUUUAAGGACUUCCUCCUAGAGUCCUUUACUAAGUAUACGAUAACCUCCCAUGAGAAUAUCUUUCUCCUUACGUCGUUUGGCAUGAAACUCAAUUAUGCCAUGGUGAAUGAAAUGACGGAUAUUUACGUUUUUGAUAAGCGUCUUUUCAAUUCUUCCAGAGAUACAGCUUUGGUGCUGCGGUACCUACUGAAUAGUGAGGAUGAUAACUAUAUGCUCCUUAAACCGACCACUUUCAGCGUGCCAGAGGCUCCUUCAAAUGUCAAGGCUUACUCUUCGGCAUUGAGGAACUACGAAUCGUGGGUGAAUGCCCGUCUUGUGGGAGCGUCUCGCGUGGAGGAGCUGAUAGAGCAUGUUAUACGCCAUAUCAAUACGAUAUUCAAGUCGCUAAGUGUGGUGUUUCAGUUUGCGGCGAAUUUCAUAAGUGGCAUGGAAAAGAGCUUUGAUGGUUAUUUUGCAUAUGUGAAAGCAUUAAACAUGAAAUCUUUGCAUAAGGCAUGGGAGGUCCACUACUCCCAGUUGAAGGAGUUUCCGCUUCUCUCCUUUAAGCAAGACGGGUCGAAAUCAUUGGCGCUCGUGGACUUUCUCGAUCAGGAAUCGUUGAAAGAUGCUGCUGCGUUUAUUGACCAGAACUUGCCUCGUGUGGUAGACUCUUUUAAUCAGUUCUCGUCUACUGUGAACAAGAUCAAUUCGGAAAAGCUAGAGGUUGAUACCACCAUCGAAGACCUACGGAAAGAGUCUAUUACCAGUUUCAAGACAUGUGAGUCUUCUCGAGCUUCUCAUUCUAACGAAUUGGCGUCCAUCGGGAAGAGGGUUCGCUCGGAAUUGGAAACUGCCACUAGCUCCAAUACCCUGGACCUUCAGCAGGUCUACUCCAAGCAGAUGGCUGUAGCAUCGGAUAUCUACUCCCGUUCACUCUCAUUGUUUGAGCUUUUGGAGUCCCUUUAUCUGUUCAAGACGAAACUCGUUCAUCAAAGUUUAUCCAUUUUUGAGAACAUUGCAUCUUUGCAAAUGAGAACGGUUACAUUAAAGACCGAUAUGAAAAAGAUGUUGUCUCCUUCUGAAAAGGAGAAGGAUAUUCCAAAUGGCCAUGAACUGCCCGACAAUGAGACUAUCGAGAAGAUACGAGAGGCUGGUGAUCUACUUUCUUUAACAGUUGACCUACCACUUCUUUUCGGAUUCCUUCUCAUAGAAAAGCGUCGUCAAUUUGAAUGGCAUGAUUUCUACUCAAAGGGUAUCGUGAGUAACAUCUCUGAACAGCUCACCGUUCUUAUUGAACAUGAAAAGGCGUUUCAAAAGUUGUGGUUGAAGAAAUUUGGCGGGUUCCUAAAGUUUCUUGCGCCUGAGAAGAACUUUCGAAUUCAGCUUCCUACAAUAGAUGUCACGUUGGUCAAUGGGGAUUUCUCGAAGCGAAAUGAUGCUGCCAUUGAGAUCAUUGAGGAUGUUUUGGUGGAGCGGGAAGAUAUCACGAAUUUCAUUGGCGUCGUUAAGGGACAUCUGCCAAGUAAUGGCCAGAACUUUGCAAGACUCCUUGAAAAGAACUUUAAAGACUUAGUUACUUCGACUGAUAGUUUGAAGAGAGUGACACGGGUUGUCAGCUCGCUAGGAUCUUUAUCUCCUGAACAACUGCAAAUUAUUACUAGGUCUCAAGUCCUCAACGGCAACGCUCAAAAGCCAGGUAACGUUACUGAUGAUUUUGAUUUAAAUCUCAUUCGUGGAUUGAGAUCGAGAAUCUCCAAGCUUGAGGGGCUCCUUCAUCAGCAGCAGUACAAAAACAUAUCAAACUGGCCUGUUGUAAAGUCUUCAGAUAAAAAGACUCCUCAAGUGAAGGACAGUCUUUUAGUCGAGGAUCAACCUCGAGCUGUCAGGAACCCGUCAUCUGGCGACCCCACAAGUCUCUUAUUGAAAGCUCCAAGUAGUCGAAGAACGUCGAGCAGCAAUGCCAGCGUGAAGGCAAUGGACGCUUCUACUACAAUCGAUAAGCAUGUGGAUAAUAUAAGGUUGCGAAAAGAAGUUAAUGAAUUAAGAGCCUCACAUCAGUUGGUCUAUCAAGACAACGAAUCUCUUCGGAAAGCCCUAGAUGAAAGCAAGAGAGAAGCGCAGGAGAAGGAUUUCCAAUUAAGACAGAUGCAGCAAGAUUAUGAGGAAAAGCUUGGUAUCUCUGAGGCUGUCAUAAAGGACUUGGGUAACAAACAUGCAGAAGAAAUGAGGGCAUUGGCUGACAGAAACCACUCUGAAUUGGAACAGAUUGAGCGGGAGCACAAGAACUUUGACCAGCAGAGAACAUACCACGAAUCUGUUUUGGAUGAAAACAAAUCUUUGAAGUCGAAGUUGAGUGAUUUGGAGAAGAAGUUGGAAGAGAAAACUAGCCAGGCAGAAGAAAGCCAGGAAUACAGGGCCCGGUUCGAGAGUUUGAAGGGCGAGUUCAAUGAUCUUCAAGAGAUCAAGCAGGAGCUUCUUUCGAACAUGCAUGCGAAGGAAGCUGAAUACGCUACUGAAAGAAGUCAUCUUGAAACCGAAAUCAAGAACUUAACCCAAAAGUUCGAAGAGAAAUCAGAGGACUAUGAAGAUUUAAUGGAAGUCACCCAGACAAAGCAUCAUAAACUGGAGGAAAUUAUCAAUCAGCUUAACAAUGUGGUUGAGGGAUUAUUCUCUGUGAUCCUUGAACUCUCUCAGAAGAACUUUGAGGACUUUAAAGAAUUCUGCUACGUUUUGGAGUCUAUGGGUUUGUUGCUUGUCAAGGAAUCAGACUCAAGUUCUAAGAAGGACGAAUAUAAAGUCCGGAGAGUUAAGGGUUUAAGAUCAAGAAAAGGUCUGGAGGACGAAACUGGUGACUCGAUUGUCAUGUCUGACCCAAAGUUGCACUCCAGCGUGGUCUCAGAGGUCGAGAAUGGUAUGGAUUGGAGAGAAAGCUUACGCAGAGUUACAUCGGGCCAGAUAGAGAGCAUCGAGGAACUCAAAAGCAAUGGUGAAGCGGAGAAAGAGGAAAUGCAAGCAGGUAAACUCAUUGAGGUUUACUACAAGCUAUUUGAAGAUUCGCAGGAUGGGUCUAAAUCCCAAUUUGCUCAGUUCCUAAAGCUCAUUUCUUUCAAUGAAGAUAUACAACUUCAAUUACAAGAUGAAGGAAAUACGAUGGUGAACCAGAAGUUCUUCCUUAACGGUAUAUUUAAGCGCUUUAAAGACGUUGAGGGAUUUGCUAAGAAGUUAUCCAAGGAAAACAAGACUAAACAGCAAGAAAUUGCCAAACUUCUGAGGCUCCUGGCAGGCAAGAUUACAGUCAACAACUUCCAAGCGGGUGACUUGGUGUUAUUCCUUCCUACCCACGUUGAUAGAGUGGAUGGGAACAACAGCUCCAAAACACCUUGGACUGCCUUUAACAUCGAGGCGCCAAACUAUUUCCUUGACACCACCAAAGCUGAACAAAAUAGCAACCGCGAUUGGAUCGUCAGUGACUAA